AUGUUAGUUUUGUACAAUGAAGAAGUGCGUGGCAGAGAUGUGAUUGAAUUUGGAAUAAUUCAAAUGUGAUCUCUAUUUUAAAUGGAAUGCUUAGAUGUGUGUAUGUAGAACAAAGUUGUUAAACGUUUCAUAGGUAGUACAAAAUAAUAGUAAAUAAUAGUAAAAAUGCAGAAAUUCAAACAAGCUGAAGCAGAAAAUAAACUAGCAAUUAGCAAGCAUUUAGAAGCAAAUGCCUAUUUGGAAUCCUCCAGUGAGGAUGAAGAUGACAGAAGCAAGGAGAAUAUGCAAAAUGUUAUUGGAAAGAUACUGUCCGCCUAUCAAGGCGAGGAGGCAGAUGCAGAAAAGAUUUUGUCAUAUUUGAUUAAUAUCUUCCAAUCUGGCAAUGCUGUUUGUUUAAUAUGUAUCUCGACUGUGAAAAAAACAGAUCCGAUUUGGAAUUGCAACAAAUGUUUUGCUUUUCUACAUCUGUCUUGUAUUUCGCGUUGGAUACAGGAUAGUGUAAAUGUUAAACGUGAGAAGGGUAUCGAGCCAACAUGGGCGUGUCCAAAAUGUCGUAUGGAAUACAAGGAAGAUGACAGUCCUCGUAAGUAUAAGUGCUUCUGCAAAAAAACCAUAGAUCCUCUAUACAGCCCAUGGAACAUCCCUCAUUCCUGUGGAGAGACAUGCGACAAACUGUUGCAACCAGAGUGCGGUCAUAAAUGUGUUUUACUUUGUCAUCCUGGGCCAUGUCCUCCCUGCGCAAAGACAGUAUCCUUUAAAUGCUACUGUGGCAAACAAGCACCUCAACAACGACGAUGUAACGCCAAAAAUUGGAGCUGCGGCACUGUAUGUAACAAAAAGUAUGAAUCAUGUUCGCACACUUGUAAAGAAGUGUGUCAUUCAGGGAAGUGCCCACCUUGUUCAGAGAUAUUGUCGUUAGAAUGCCACUGCAAGAGUAACAAGGAAUUAAAGCAAUGCUCAGAAGGUCCAUGGACGUGCGACAAACCUUGUGGCAGAACUUUCUCUUGCAAUGUUCACACCUGCGAAGGUAAAUGCCAUUUAGACGACGACUGCGGAAUCUGUCCACUGGAGAAAAACAGAACAUGUCCAUGUGGAAAGAAACGUUACGCCGUUUCAUGCAACCAGGAACAAUUACCAACGUGCGGAGACACAUGUGGAAAGUUAUUGAAUUGCGGCUCGCAUUACUGCAGUAUGAGAUGUCAUACGGAUCGUUGUGGACAGUGUGUGGAAGUAGUCACAAAGUGGUGUAGAUGCGGCAGUUACAAAAAGGAGGUCGCUUGUGGCAAAGAGUUCCAUUGCAACAAAAAAUGCGUGCAGAUGCGUUUGUGCGGAAGGCAUUCCUGCAACAAAAAAUGCUGCGACUGUUUGAUCAAGAAUACGUACAAUGUUUGCGAGAAAGUAUGCGACAACACUCUAAAUUGUCGCAAGCACAAAUGUGCCGCCCCUUGUCACAGCGGUCCCUGUUACCCGUGCGCACGAACCGACGUUAUUCAAUGUAGAUGCGGACACAGCAAAAUAACGGUGCCGUGUGGUACGAAAAGAAUCAAGCCGCCACCUUGCAACAGGCCGUGCAAAAUACCGCCGAUCUGCCAUCACCUUAAACGAGAAACUCAUAAAUGUCACCACGGCUACUGUCCGCCCUGCAAAAAGACAUGUGACUUGGUAUACAAACGAUGUGGUCAUUCUUGUGUGGCUGUUUGUCAUACAAAAGUUUGGAUGAAGGUAAGCAAAAGUGACGUGAAGGUACAACCAACAGGGCCGUGGGAUAUUCAGAAGGAAAUUAUGCAGUUGAAAACGUUGCCAUGUCCGCCGUGUAAAGUCUCUGUGCCAAUUACAUGCUUAGGAGGACACGAGACACGUCCGUGGGCCUGUCACGAGGCCAAGCCUACCUCCUGUGGGAGAUUGUGUGGAAGAAUGUUACCGUGCAAAAAUCACACGUGCGAAUUGAUUUGUCAUAAAGUACCGUCUUCCGAAGAAACUAGGAAUGGCAUUCCGUGUAUGGACUGUGAGAGUUCCUGUCUACUUCCACGGCCGGCAGGUUGCAUUCAUUUAUGCCCCAAACUUUGUCAUCCCGCGCCGUGUAAUCCCUGCAAGCAGAUAGUUAAAACUUCGUGUCACUGCGGCAUAAGUACCAUAUAUCGUAGAUGCUUCGAAUUAACGUCGGCCACAGCUGAGAAACGCAAUGAAUUGCUCAAGUGUGGGAAUCAGUGCCCUAAAAAUUAUCCAUGUGGACAUCGAUGCGCCAACGAGUGUCACCCAGGACCGUGUAAAAAUGAGAAGGAGUGCAGCAAGAAGAUGAAGUUGUUUUGCGAGUGCAGACGGAUUAAGAAAGAAUUUAUUUGCUCUGUGGUGCAGAAGGAGGGAAUUUCGAUAAAGUGCGACGAUGUUUGCACGAGACUGAAGAACGAAAGACGCCAGGCCGAAGCUGCCUUGCUGGAGCAAAAACGGCGAGCGGAGGAGAUGCGCAAUCAACAAGAGAUAGAAAAGUUCGAGCGAAAGUUCAAACCCCGUCGUAAGGGGAAAGAUAAAUCCGACAAGAAAAUGUCGCAGAACGAGAUGCGCGGUAACUGCUGGAAAUAUUGGAUUUUAGGUGUCUUGAUAUGUUUAAUAGGCGUUGUAAUAUUUUAUGCAACCAUGGGACAGUCGUGAAAACUUUAAACUUCAUGCCCGCGACGUUUCCUAGUCGCUGUAAUGAACGCUAGGCUAUAUUUUUAAUUUAGUUAUUUUAAAUUGUUUUAUCGACCAGCGUGAGACAGUGCUUCGGUCUUUCGAAUCUUUGUCGCAAUAUCUGUAUCUCUGUGCCAUAGUGUCGCUAGGUCCAAAGAGUUUUCAAUUACAUGUACAUAUUUUGUAAAUUUCUACAUUGUACGUCUAACGCUCAGCAAAAACUGCGAGGAAAUGCUGUAUUAUUUUGACACGGAAUAAUAUGUCAAUAUCGUAUGUCGUUGUAACGUACGAUAAUAAUCAAAACAUCUAAGAUUACUUA